CAUGCCGAAACCGAAACCGAAACUGAGCUGAGACUGAGGCUGAGACUGGGGCUGAGACAGACAAGAAAGCAAAUCGCCUAUGCGAAUACCUGGCCAGCCAGUCAGCCAGGCAGUCAACCAGUUUCACUUGCGAAAGCAAACAGCUUCCAUUUCAUUCGAUAGCCGACCGUCGACUGCUGGAAACGCGUUCCGAGGCGCACUCACCAGGCCGCGAUACGGGUUAGAGACCGAACUGAAGUGCAACAGGGAAAGACCAUUAGCAUUUGAAGAAAGUGAGCCCAGAGCCCGCAAAAUGAAGGCCGCCGAUUUAGACGAGCAGUACGCACGAUUCCCAGAGAUUAGGCGUGAGGAGGUGCAGAAAUUGGUCGAUUGGGCGUGCGCCCAGCCCCACAUAUCCAAGGAUUUCUCUGAAGCCGAGGCCCUGCACUUCUUCUACGCCUGCAAGUACAGCAUGGGGGUUUCCAAACAGGUCCUGGACACAAAUCUCACAGCCCGCACCCACCUGGAGGAGUUCUUCUGCAACCUAGACUGCGAACGACCCGAAAUCAGGCGGGCCAUGAAAACAGUGUCCAUCGUACCGCUACCUGGCGCAACGCCUGAAGGUUACCGUGUGAUUGUUGCCAGGCUCGACGAUUUGAAUGCCUCGAACUUUAAUUACGCAGACUGCAUGAAAUUGUAUUGCAUGAUAUUCGAUUUCUGGAUGUACGAGGACGGCAUACAGCCGGGUCAUGUGAUCGUCAUGGAUCUGAAGGGCUGCUCGUUGGGGCACAUUGCACGCAUCGGGUUGCUGCAGAUGAAGAAGUUUCUCUUCUAUUUGCAGGAAGCGGCCGCCAUACGUCUAAUCAGUUUUCAUUUCAUUAACAUUGUGCCCUUCAUGGAUAAAUUGCUCGCGCUUAUGAAUCCGUUCAUGAAGAAGGAGCUGAUGAGCAUUUUGUUUUUGCAUAACGACAUCAACGACUUCUACAAGUUUGUGCCGCGUGACAUGCUCCCCAAGGACUAUGGAGGUCCUUUGGAGGAAAUCAGCAUAUCGAAAGAGAUAUUCUAUAACAAACUGCUGGCGAAUCGAAAGGAAAUGCUGGAGUUUGAGAAGCGCCAUCAGGUCAAUGAGAAGCUGCGUCCCGGCAAGCCGAAGAACGCCUCUGACCUCUUUGGCAUCGAAGGUAACUUCAAAAAACUGGACAUAGAUUGACAAACGAGUCUUUAUUGUCUUAUGUAGUGGUUUGUGUGUGUGGUGUCAGGCUAUUUAUAAAUACAACAACAUUUAUGACCAUUAAAUUUUUUUUACAAAUUGCA